CUUCUCGUCUCUAUUCUGCUGUUUGGAGGUUGUUUGGAUGGGCGUUAAGGAUUCAGCAGUGCAAAGUUCUCUUUCCUUUCUUGAAUGAUUUAGCUAGCUUUCUAAUUAUUUAGUACUUGCAACAAUUUGUUACAUCAGCCCCUUCAUCCAAAACCUGACUGCUGAAACAUUAAAUACAGAGGCUCGUGUAAGAGCCGGAAGACGUAAAGAUAAAGGACUACCCAUUGCAGUUUCGCCUUAGCGUUUCAAUUGGCUUUUAGUACGAGACCACCGCACUACAGAACACACCCCGGUUCGGCAAUGUCUGCCCGCGACUACUUUAUACACUCGUUUGGAUCUGUCAAACUGUAAGGAUGGUGAAAAAAACCGCCAACGGCGAAGUUUAUCACCCUUCGUCAGGGGAGAAGAAACUGAAAGUCGGCUUUGUGGGACUGGACCCCGGGGCUGCGGAGACGAGCCGAGACGGGGCACUUCUCAUCGCCGGUUCCGAGGGCACAAAACGUAGCAGCAUCCUGUGCAGACCGAGGUCCAGCAUCUCCAGGGGGAGCAAAGCUCACAAAAGAAACGCGCGUUAUCGCAGACUGCAAAAUUUCCUUUACAAUGCACUGGAAAGACCCCGCGGCUGGGCGUUCAUUUACCACGCUUAUGUAUUUCUGCUGGUGUUUUCCUGCCUGGUUCUGUCAGUGUUUGCAACGAUCAAAGAAUUCAAGAAAAGCUCUGAGAGUGCCUUAUACAUCCUGGAAAUUGUGACAAUCGUGGUGUUUGGCGUGGAAUAUAUUGUGCGUAUCUGGGCAGCCGGGUGCUGCUGUCGCUACAGAGGAUGGAGAGGAAGGCUGAGAUUUGCACGCAAACCCUUCUGUAUCAUCGAUAUCAUGGUCCUUUUUGCCUCGGUGUCUGUGCUGGCCGCUGGCUCACAGGGGAAUGUUUUUGCCACCUCCGCCAUUCGGAGUCUGAGGUUUCUUCAGAUCCUUCGAAUGCUGCGUAUGGACCGCCGCGGUGGCACAUGGAAGCUCUUGGGAUCUGUGGUGUACGCACACAGCAAGGAACUCAUUACGGCGUGGUAUAUUGGAUUCCUUUGUCUUAUCCUGGCAUCUUUCUUGGUGUACUCAGUGGAGAAGGAUGACAACGCAGAGAUGUUCGAGACCUACGCAGACGCCCUCUGGUGGGGGCUGAUCACUCUUACAACUAUCGGCUACGGGGACAAGUAUCCUGUCACAUGGAAUGGGCGUCUGAUUGCUGCCACCUUCAGUUUGAUCGGGGUAGCUUUUUUCGCUCUUCCUGCGGGUAUCCUGGGCUCAGGUUUUGCUCUGAAGGUUCAAGAGCAGCACAGGCAGAAACAUUUUGAGAAGCGUCGUAACCCUGCCGCAGGUCUUAUCCAGGCUGCUUGGAGAUUUUAUGCCACAAACCUUGCACGGACAGACCUAGUGUCCACAUGGGACUUUUAUGAGCAGACUGUGUCAGUCCCAAUGUACAGACUCAUCCCUCCUGUAAAUCAGCUGGACAUUUUAAGAAGCUUGAAAGGAAAAUCUGGUUUCAGGAAGGAUUCCCAGCUAGAAGUCACUCCAAGUAGUGAGAUUUCACACAAAGACACCCUGUGUGGGUGCUGCCCAAGAAGCAAUAGUCGUAAGCUCAGCUUAAAAGAGAAAGGCAGUCCCUCUAAGAGCACCGGGGGAAAGGAAGCCAAGACCCCCAAUAAGGCAGAGGACGGAGUCAAAGAGAAUCCAAGCAAAGUGACCAAGAGCUUGAGCUUCACAGAGCGGAACAAAGCAAAACACGCUUUCAGAAUAAAAGAUGGAGCUUCUCGGCAGAACUCUGAAGUGCUGAUUGAGUUGCAAGAUGAGGACUUCGCCAUGAAGAGUUCUCCAGCGAUUGAGGGCUUAAUCAAGGCGAGCCUUCCAGAGGAGCUUGGGGACGACAGGGGUUUCCACUGCGAGUUCGUGCCGGAUCUGUCUCCGGGACUUAAGGUCACCAUCAGAGCAAUCUGUAUUAUGCGGUUCCUGGUGUCUAAGAGGAGAUUUAAGGAGAGCCUCAGGCCCUAUGAUGUGAUGGAUGUGAUUGAGCAGUAUUCAGCCGGCCAUCUGGACAUGCUGUCACGCAUCAAAAACCUUCAGUCCAGAGUGGAUCAGAUUGUGGGAAAAGGAGCCGGGACAGGAGAAAAGGACAAACCCAAAAGCGACACAGACAUGGUUGAGGACCAGAGCAUGAUGGGACGUCUGAACAAGAUGGAGAAACAGGUGGGGGCAAUGGACCUCAAACUCAACUUUUUGGUCAGCGUGUACACCACACAUAUGGGCAUCCCGCGAUCUGAGACCGAAGCCCUCCUGGGCUUUAAAAUCCCUUAUCCUGCUCCUCCUUACCGCAGCCCUGAUGAUAAGAGCGAGAAAGCACAGAACGAGGACGAUGAUAAAAACAAGAGCACGUCCCCCGUCCAUCCUGGUCCCAACGGGACUCCCACCGACAGCCAGUGCCGGCCCUCUACCUCAUGGCAUCAGCAGGAAGAACAUCCCCUCAGUGUGCCUCUCUGGAACAACAGCCGAGGAGUGUCACCGAUAGGCACCGACGACCCCUCAUUGUACCGCCUCCCGCCUCCGCCGUUCCACGAGAGCGGUGACAGCAGCCGCUCGCGUAGGUCCAGGAGACCCAUCCAGCAGCAGGCAGCUGUCGAGAGUGACACGUCUCUGUCCAUUCCCUCAGUGGACCAUGAGGAACUAGACCGCUCUUUUAGUGGCUUUAGUAUUUCUCAGGCCAGGGAUGAGGAUUACGUGCCUCAGGUGGGUCUGGGGCUUUUUGGUGGAGGAGGCGGGACGCUGUGCAACCAUCUCAGGCCUUUUCUGGCUGAGGCAGAGUCAGAUACGGACUCCGACCUGUAUACGCCCGGAGCACCGUCACCUCUCUCUUUUACAGGAGAGGGGCCUUUCGGUGACAGGAUGUGGCCCGGUCCGAAGUAGUUUCAAGUUUAUGUUAUGAGGAUCAGUAUCCUAGAUGUAGCUGAUGGACAUCUAAAACUGUCGGAAGUUUUUUUCAAACUCAAAAAAAAACCACAAAAAUGUGGGAGUGAUUACCGACUGCACUGAUGCAACGGCAGCAAGAACGAAACCUGAACAUUGCUGUUUAAAAAAGACCCCAAACAUGGAGGCUGAGGAUAUGUGCGUUCACAAACGGAAAAGAUUGUGUGUAUUAAAUUACUGGCAUGGAUCUUAUUCAAAUCAAACAAGCCACCUCUUCUUUAUUAGUUUCUCUAGUUACCACAGCUAAUGCAGUAUCAAAUGCACUUUACCUUACAACUGUUAUUUUGAUUCACAAGAUAUUUAUUUAUUUAUUUACAUUGUCUUUUCUGAAAUGCGUUAUGAGACUGUUAUGCGAAACGAGUAGUUAAUCAGGGCAUGUGUUCGUAGUAAGCAUUUAAUGAAUAUAUUUAAAUUGAAAGGUUUCAGUGGAGAAAAUCAUUUCAGCCAAAGAAAAAGAUGACAGAAAGCUGAGCAUGCCUUACAGGUACUUUUUACCCUCUUGCAUUUCUUAUCUGAAGGGUGGAAAAUUAAUUAAUUUUUUAUAGCUACUUUUAAAGUCAAAGCACUUACAAAGAGAGACGUACUUUUAGAGGAAUAAUAAUAAUAUUUCCAGAAACCCUGGUAAUGGUCAAAGGAGAAAUAUCCAUGCUAUUGCUAUUUUAAUUUUCUAGAAUUUGGUUAGUUCCACUAUGAUAUCAUAUUUUAUGCUGUAGUGAAGAAGGCACUGAAUAAUAAUCAGACCUAAAAUACACUAACUGCAUGGCAUGUUUAUGGAAUAUAGCUUGCUGACAACCUAAUAGGAUGACAAUUGAGAUUAGAAAGAAAUAGCAAUGAAAGAAUGUCUUCUUAACUGUAGUCAGGGAUAAAGGAAUUGAAAAUGUAUAAAAUGUAUUUAUUUGUUUUGUUUUUUUCAGGUCAAUUUUACUUUGAAAGCACUUGUUUGUACAAGGUGUCCUGUAGGUACAACAGACCAUGUACAUCUGCAAAUGUAUCACUCUUCCUAGUAAAACGGAAGAUGAUUAAUCUAUCUAAAUGUGGUUUACAUAAGAAAACAGAGAUUGCCAUGUUAAAAGACAUAAACAUUUUUUUAAAAAGCUGUAUUUCAAAGCGCUGUUCAAACAUUACAGUGUUAGGUUGCAUCCUGUAAGGAAAUAAAGUUGGUCUUAUCUCA